AUGCCCGGCCCUCUUUCUACAGUCAUUGAAGGGACAGAGGCUCACAUCCUGCUCUGGAUUCUUACAGUCUUUGCAGUCAUGCCGCUCAUUGGUUUCCUCUUUAUUCUCUCCCUCACAGAUGGGGUGUUUCCUGAACGUAACUGUAGCUAUCAGGAUGUUGUAGAGUACCUGAACCUGACCCAAAACAAAGAGCUGUACUCUAUGACCCGGCCUGUUAGAAACUACAAACGCCCCACGAGUGUCUCCCUGGAAGUGCUGCUUUAUGCCAUUUUAGACGUGGUUGAGAAAGAGCAGAAAUUCAUUCCUUAUGUUUGGACAGUCAUGAGAUGGCACAAUGAAUACAUUUCCUGGGAUCCACAUGAGUUUUGUGGAAUUGAUAAUGUUUCUCUUCCUGCUGAUUUUUUCUGGCAGCCAGAUCUCACCAUUGAAGAAAUGACAGAGAAGGAUAAAGCCCCUCCCAGUCCUUACCUCACCAUCAACGAUAAAGGCGAUGUUGAGAUCCACAACGACAUGGUGCUGGUCAGCACCUGCAGGAUGCACAUCUACAAAUUCCCCUUCGACAUUCAAAAAUGCAACCUUACCUUCAAGUCUGUCAUACAUACAGCUAAGGACAUCCGGCUAAAGGCAAGCGACAACUCUUCUGAGGCCACAGAGUGGUCUCGUGAGGUGAUGAGGACCCAGUAUGAAUGGCUGUUUCUCAACAUGGCUGUAAUCACCAUCAAUGCCACUGAUCUGGUCAGCCAGGACAACAUCGUCUACACUGUAUGUACAACUCAAUACACGCCAAACAGCAGGAAGUAUGGAGGGGGACGAACAUCAUCCACAUUUUCCUUUAUGAUCAUUUUACAGAUCACCAUGAAGCGGCGCUCCAUCCUCUACAUCGUCAACUUCCUGCUGCCGGUCCUGUUCUUCUUGUGUCUGGACUUGGCCUCCUUCCUGAUCUCAGACAGUGGGGGUGAGAAGCUCGGUUAUCAGGUCACUGUGCUGCUUGCUGUCACGGUGUUACAACUUAUUUUGAAUGAAAUUCUGCCAGCUUCGUCAAACAGGAUCCCACUUAUAGCGGUUUACUGUAUUGGGAUUUUUGGUCUGAUGUUCCUGAGCCUCCUGGAGACAAUUCUGGUGAUGUACCUGAUGAAUAAGGAUUUGUUGUCCCAAGAAACAACAUCAGAAAAAGACCAGCAGCGGAUUGAGGAGUAUAACAAACAGGGGGUCAACAACCUCCACAAUCAUCACAUAGAGGUGAACAAAUGGACUCACUGUUCUUCCAUCUAUGAUGGCUCUGCUGCCGAAACUCCAUCUGAACUAUUAUCUUUGGCCAAAGAGGGCAGCAGCAGCAAACUGAUAGACGAGUGUCACGCCUUGGAGAAGCUUUCAGAAGAGCUUCAGGAGAUCCAGAAAACCCUUUACCUGCUUCUAGAAAACAAGAAGAAAGAGGAGAAGCCAGGAUACUGGAGCAGAGUAGCUGAGCGAUUUAACAGAGUGUUCUUUAUCUGCUAUGUAACAGUGGUCAUUCUGUUUUUAACAGUUAUCUUUUCAAAAUGGAACGACUAG